AGGAUGUGGCUCACAUCCUGAAACCCCAGUCUCCUGGCUGGAUCUCAGAAGAGCCCACAGCUAAACAAGGCCCUGCAGAACUGGCAGCCAUGAGUAAGAACGCUGAUGAGGUCAAAGGUAAGCUGCUUCAGCUGAGAUGCCACUUCACCUGGGAGCUGCUAGUUGAAGACACUGAGAUGCCCGAUUUAGAGAACAGGAUCUUGGAUGAGAUUGAGUUCCUAGACACCAAAUACAACGCGGGCAUACACAACCUGCUGGCCUACGUCCGACACCUGAAAGGCCAGACUCGGGAGGCCCUGGGGAGCCUGAAGGAAGCCGAAGACCUGAUCCAGCAGGAACACGGCGACCGAUCGGCUGUGAGAAGCCUGGUCACCUGGGGCAACUACGCCUGGCUGUAUCACCACAUGGGCAGGCUGGCGGAGGCCCAGACUUACCUGGACAGGGUGGCGAACACUUGUGAGAGGUUUGCAGCCCCCUCCUGCUACAGGCUGGACUGUCCUCAGAUGGACUGUGAGGAAGGGUGGGCCUUGCUGAAGUGUGGAGGAAAGAACUACGAGCGGGCCAAGGCCUGCUUCGAAAAGGCUCUGGCAGCGGAGCCUGAGAACCCCGAAUUCAGCACUGGGUAUGCAAUCACCAUCUAUCGCCUGGACGGCUUCAACAAAGCGACCCAGGUCAGCGACGCAUUUUGUCUGCAGCCUCUAAAAGAGGCCAUCAGGCUAAACCCAGAAGACGCGUAUAUCAAGGCUCUGCUCGCCCUGAAGCUUCAGGACGUGGGCCAAGAAGCCCAAGGAGAAAAGUACGUCGAAGAGGCACUGACCAACAUGUCCUCGCAGACCUACGUCUUUCGAUACGCGGCCAAGUUUUACCGCAGGAAAGGCGCUCUGGAUAAAGCUCUUCAGCUCUUAAAGAGGGCCCUGCAGGCCACGCCCUCCUCCGCUUUUCUGCAUCACCAGAUGGGGCUUUGUUACAAGGCACGCAUGAUCGAAAUCAAGAGAGCGGCAAACUGGCAGCCCAGAGGACAGGAUAGAGACAAUGUCGACAAAAUGGUAAGGUUAGCCAUAGCUCAUUUUCAAUUUGCUCUGGAACAAAAGCCCACAUUUGACGUUGCUUAUAUACACCUGGCCGGUAUGUACAUAGAAGCUGGCAACCACAGAAAAGCUGAAGACAUUUACCAAAAAUUGUUAUGUUUGACGUCCCUCGACGACGAAAAACAGCAAAAGGUACAUUUCCACUAUGGUCAAUUUCAGGAAUUUCAAAAGAAAUCUGAAGUCAAUGCAAUUAUCCAUUAUUUAAAGGCACUAAAAACAGAAAAGGUGUCACUGACAAGAGAUAAAUGUAUUAAUUCUUUGGAGAAACUGACUUUAAGAAGACUUUCCAGAAAUGCCUCAGACAUAGAAAGCUUGAGCAUUCUUGGGUUUAUCUACAAAGUCAAAGGCGAAAUGAAUAAAGCCCUGGAGUACUAUGAGCAGGCCCUGCGGCUGGCUGUGGACUCUGGGAACUCUGGUACCUGAUCCUGGGUGUGGAAAUAUGAACCACAUUCACAUUUUAUUUGAUUUUAGGUAAACAUGUUAACUCUAACCAUUGUUUCUGCUUGCUACUUUCAGAAACAUAUUAAGCAAUCCACUGCAGUGAUGCAAGUUUUUAACCAUUACCCAAACCUGGUAAAAUAUUGGUUCUAUUCAGAAAAUACUGAAACAGAAUAUAUACAUCUCUGUUAGGUGAGAGAGGAACCAUUUCUCUGUGAAUGUUAUAUAGUCGAAAAACCAUUUGUCGAGUAGAUUCGUAGCAAAUAAAGGCCUGGAUUUACAUAAAACAAAAA